AUGGUUCUAUCGCUGGUAAUGUCGGACUACAGCAUGUGGUUGGGAAGACCAGAAGACUUUUCGUAUCCAGAUUGGGAAGACGACUAUGAGACGGCGCAACAUGCCUUUGCCGAGACGCAAGAGACGAAUGGGAAUCCCAUGUCGUGCACGGAAUGUCUGAACGCCGUCCACAGGUUACAUGAAAAGCAACGAGUGCACGAUGGCGAUCGGAGUCACCCUCGUCUCAUGGCACUGGAUCAACUGAACUUGAGUUAUCCUGGUUGGCAAGAGGAUGUGAAAAAUGCUGAAGAGGCUCAUUUUGACAACUAUUACAAUGCGGACGUUGAAAAAGACAUUUACUUCCAGAGCAAACUAGAGGGACUCGAGAAUCGACAGCAACUGUACUACGGCUACAGUCGUCGCAAUUCGACCAGUGCCUCUUCGACCAUCUCUAACUCUUCCCGAUGUCACGACGAGAUUGUCGCCAUGUUGGGAGCCUGUGUCAUUUGCGGAGAACGGAAUCGAACACACCUUUUUGAUCCCUGUGGACAUUUAUGUGUCUGUCAAUCCUGUGCCAAUCAAGUCAUGAGAAAUAUACCUUCCAAUUGUCCCAUUUGCAGAGUGACUGCCUUCAAAACAAUUCGCGUCUAUUUUGCUUGA